AGGCUUCCCAAGUGCACAAUUGUGGUGGAAAAGCUGAAGAACACCUUGGAGAUUCAUUUUGAAAGGAUCUUGUGUGUGAUCACAAAAGUGUCCCCCGAGGAGCAGAUAAUGUGUCGUGGUGGAGCAGAAAAUGGACCAACAGAGUGGCAGAAAGAUUGUGAAUAUUGUGAUUUAUCAGACAGUCCAACAAAUUGAGCCACUUGGAAGACAAAAGUGAAGUGCAGAGGGGCGGAGUGCUACGUGAAUUGCGACGAAAGUCAGCCCAGAGACAAAAUAAUCAACUUUUUUUUUUAUUUCAUCCAACCUUUUCCGCGUGCAUAUUUUUCUCAGUGUUCUUUGGUCAGAAAGGGGUCUCCUACGUGGAAAAAUCAAGUGAUAUUGGAAACACACAAAACACGCUGCGUGAGGUGGAUUUGCUGUUGGACUAACUGGAGAAUAUGAUCUCAAGAUGAAGCGUCGAGUGGAUGAGGUACAGUUUGGGGCCCGUGGUGGCGCCCAACAGCAUCAUCGUAUUUUAGCGACACAGAACAAUCCAGCUUCUACAAUUUACCAACUAACACCCGGUGUUCUCAAGGCGGGCACCACUGAUGGCGGUAAUCCGGGUGGCGGAGCCCUCGGCAAUCAAUCGCCCAAUGUUCAAUAUUCAACGACCUACAAUACGUCAACAAUGGCAAUUGCAAAUGUAACUAAGAGUCCCGUGGUCCAGCAAUCGGCUACGAUAGCGACUGGAUCGCUACACGUGGUAAAUUCUGGCAUAAAUACGGUGAAUUCAAUGAGACAGAAGGCAAGUGGGGCUGCUGGUGGACAGCAGACGCCCAUUGUGAGUGGUGUUAGUAGUGGUGGGACUCCUGGUCAAGCUGGGAGUCUAUCCGCGGGCGGAAUAAGCGCCAGUGCCACUAUUGGAGUUACCCAGGCCACAACAGCUGGUCCUGGUGGUCAGCAGCAGACGCAAUUUCAGCGUCUCAAAGUUGAGGAUGCCCUCAGUUAUUUGGAUCAUGUUAAAUCAAAGUUUGGCAAUCAGCCACAGGUGUACAAUGAUUUUCUGGACAUUAUGAAGGAAUUCAAGUCCCAGAGCAUUGAUACACCGGGUGUUAUUGAUCGUGUCUCGACGCUCUUCAAGGGCCAUCCUGAACUCAUUGUGGGAUUCAACACUUUUCUUCCACCGGGGUACAAGAUUGAGAUGCAGGCUAAUGACAAGGGGUACUCUUACCAAGUGUCAGUAUCCAUGCCAUCCCCAUCUUGUGGCACUUCAUCAGCCUGUCCGCCACAACAACAGAGCCCACCGCAAAAGAUGCAAAUUAUGCAGGGCAGUGGCACAAUGGUGCACACAAUUCCGGGAGCUGUUAAUCUCAUAACACACGCUCCCUGUCCCCAACCAAUACAUGCUGUGGCCCAGAGUGGUGGCGGUGGCGGUGGUGGUGGUCAGGUUUGUGCCAGUCCCAGUGGCAUACAGCCACAGCAACAGCAGCAACAGCAGCAGCAGCAGCAGCAGCAACAGCAGACAAGUGCUCAACUUGCCAGUGCUGUUCUGGCAGCUCCUCAGAACUUUGUGUCCCGUGACAGGGAGAGAACUUUGUCUGGAAGUGCUGCUAUGCGAGCAGCAUCUGCAGGGGCGGCGAGUCUUGAGGAGAUUAGUGGGCAGAAUUUGCAUCAUAUUUCGCAGGCGCACCAGCAGAUGGUGCAGCAGGCGGAAGGUGGUGGUGGGGGUCAAGCGCAGAAUCAGAAUCAACCCGUGGAAUUCAAUCAUGCCAUUAGCUAUGUCAACAAAAUCAAGAAUCGCUUUCAGAAUCAACCAGAGAAAUAUAAGAGAUUCCUGGAGAUUUUGCAUCAGUAUCAGAAGGAGCAGAAAGUACGCGAUGGUCAGGGGAAACAAUUGACUGAAGCUGAGGUGUAUACACAAGUGGCCAAGUUAUUUGACAAGCAAGAUGAUCUUCUACGUGAAUUUGGUCAAUUUUUGCCAGAUGCCACAAGUCAUUCGGCUAGUUUGCAUGGUUUGAAUAAGAGUGGAGUUGGUUUGGCACACAAUGAUCACAAGAAGAUGUCAGGACCGUCUUCGGGACCGUCAAUUAGGUCUUCUUUCAAUAAUUCCUCCAAUAAUUUCACAAGGGGUCUGGAUCGUGCUGCAGCUGCUAUGGCGGGUGCUGCUGCAGCUGGUGCCAAUGACUAUCCCCAUCCAAUGGACAAGGAUUACCAUCCAAGGGGGGAUAAAGAAAGAAAUCACAUUGCCGGUGGACAGAAGUAUGCUGGUGUGAAGAGAUCACCGAGUUUUGGACAAAUGCCCGGACAUAUGGGUCAUAUGUCGAGGAGUGGAACUGGUGGUGUUGAUCGAAGUGCCGAUGGACCAUCGCAUCCAAAGAGGCACAAACCCAUUUGUCGGGAUGUAACACUGGCUGAAGCAUCGAAAUUUGGUUCACUCAAUGAUUAUGCCUUCUUUGACAAGGUGCGCAAGGCACUUCGGAGUCCGGAAGUAUAUGAAAAUUUCCUCAGAUGCUUGAUACUCUUCAACCAAGAAAUUGUGUCAAAAUCCGAAUUGUUAACUCUCACGGCGCCAUUCCUUGGGAAAUUCCCAGAUCUCCAGAGAUGGUUCCAGGAUUUUCUGGGGCCAUCCACUGCGCCCGAGGGUGUAAGUUUAGCUGCGGCUCAGCGUCAGGACCGAUCGCAGGGUGAACUGGCGCAGGAGAUUGAUCUGUCGACGUGCAAGCGUCUAGGUGCCAGCUAUUGUGCCCUGCCAAAGUCCAGCGAAGUGAAAAAGUGCUCUGGACGCACUGCCCUAUGUCGAGAAGUGCUCAAUGACACUUGGGUGUCGUUUCCCACAUGGGCCGAAGACUCGACUUUCGUAACGUCACGCAAGACGCAGUACGAAGAGAUGAUUUAUCGCUGUGAAGAUGAACGUUUUGAGUUGGAUGUCGUGAUUGAGACGAAUAGUGCAACAAUUCGAGUGUUGGAGGGUGUACAGAAGAAACUCAGUCGAAUGUCUCCCGAUGAAGUGGCGAGAUUUAGGUUGGAUGAUUGCCUGGGUGGAAAUUCACCAACAAUUCAUCAGAGAGCCCUGAGACGAAUCUAUGGUGACAAGGCUAGCGAUAUUAUUCAGGGAUUGAAGAAGAAUCCUGUUGUGGCGGUUCCGGUUGUAUUGAGACGCCUCAAGGCCAAGGAGGAAGAAUGGCGGGAGGCCCAGAAGGGUUUCAAUAAGCAAUGGCGAGAGCAGAAUGAAAAGUAUUACCUUAAAUCACUUGAUCAUCAAGGCAUCAAUUUCAAACAGACGGAUAUCAAGGCACUGCGCUCCAAGAGUCUCUUCAAUGAAAUUGAAACACUCUACGAUGAGCGACAUGAGCAGAAUGAAGAGAGUACGACAGAACCGGUGAUAGGUCCGCAUUUGGUGCUCCCGUAUAAAGAUAAAACCAUCCUGGAUGAUGCUGCCAAUUUGCUGAUUCACCAUGUGAAACGCCAAACGGGCAUUCAGAAGCAGGAGAAGACAAAGAUUAAGCACAUCCUACGUCAAUUUGUGCCUGAUUUGUUCUUUUCGCCUCGUCAACAGUUGAGUGACGACGAACGAGAAGAUGACGUCAAAGAUAUGGACGUAGAACCCUCAGAUGCAGAUGCAAAACCCUCGAGUUCGAGAAGUAGCAGCAGUGGGAAAGUGCAAUCGUCCAGCGUGGAGUCGAUAGAGUCUCCAGCUGCUUCCACAGCUGCUGCUACCACGAAUCUUCCUAGUAGUGGAAGUGCUACUGCUCAGGCAGUUUCGGUGACAGAGGCAGCAACAGUGAGUGUUAAGAGUGAACCGUCACCCGUGGGCAGUGAGACGAGGACUCAGGGGCCAAGUGGGAGUCAAACGGUGACAACUGGGGGAAGUGCGUCGGGGAGUGGAGAGACAUCGACGGGGUGCAAUGUGGGUGGGAAGAGUGUGACGAGUGUUAGUGGUAGUAGUAGUAGUGCAGACACGACCAAAGGCAGUGAUAUUAAGAGUCCCACAGCAACAAUUUGCGAUGAGAUUAAAGUUGAAGUGAAGCAGGACAGAGAUUCACCCAGUCCACCACUUCCUCCGCAUGCCAUCGCCAAGCACACGGAGGAGGCGUACACAUUGUUCCUCGGCAAUAGCAAUUGGUAUCUGUUUUUGCGACUUCACGCCAUCCUGUGCGAAAGGCUGAGGACAAUGUACGAGAGGGCACAAGCACUGGCUGUUGAGGAGGCAAAACAUCGUGGAAAUCGACGUGAGAGCACAGCCACGGCUCUCAGGUUAAAACCUAAAAGUGAAAUUCAGGUUGAGGAUUACUAUCCCACCUUCCUGGACAUGCUCAAAAAUGUCCUGGAUGGCAAUAUGGAAGCCAAUAACUAUGAGGAUUCUCUGCGAGAGAUGUUUGGUAUUCAUGCCUACGUAGCCUUCACCUUGGACAGAGUUGUCUCGAAUGCUGUGCGCCAAUUGCAACAUUGUGUGACUGAACGAGGAGCUCUGGAGUGUGUAGAAUUGUUUCAGCAGGAACAGAGAAGGAAUGGUGCAGGAGGACUCUGUAGGUCGGCCAAUAAGAGGAUAGCAGCAGAAAUGGCUUAUCAGAAGCGUGCAGAAGCAAGUCUUCAGGAUGAGAAUUGCUUCAAAGUCUACAUUUACAAAAUCGACUGUCGUGUUACGAUAGAGCUGCUCGAUACAGAGUCCGAUGACACGGAAAAGUGUGUGGCGAAUACACAAGCGUGGAGUAACUAUGUUGAACGUUUGGCCAAUCCGGCGGCAUCGGCAACAAGUGCCCAAAAUGCCGGUGCGUCCGGAAGUGCCGCCAAUACACCCAGCGGUGUCGGAAGGGCUCUGCCAGGCAGUGGGAAUGGUGUCGGAAGUGGAGGAGUUUCGGGCAAUGGUGUUGAGAUAAAGACCGAAAAGCCAGACGAUGAGAUGAAUGCUCUUCCGCGUAAGCCGCUGUAUCUCAAAAGGAAUGUGACUCAGGUGCAAAAAGCUUUAAGGAUACAAAAGAAGAAUUCACAGCAUUCAGUGGCCAGUGUCUCAUCGGCCACUUUGGGUGCUGUAGCUGUUACUAGUACUUCCACCACUCAGGCCACAGCGUCAGCCACUGUGACCACCAUGGCUACAGUAAAUGCUGCCUCAGGAGAUGCCAAAACCCUCACCACAAGUUCAGCGGAAAGCACAACUGCUUCCCUCACGACAACAGCAGCUGCCUCCUCGAGGGAUGGCAGCACAGAACCUGUUCCCAUGGACAUUGAUGAAAGUGUUCCAGGAGCUUCACCUGGUGGUUUCUGGGCUAAGAGACCACCUGAAAGAAUGCCAGCACCUCCUACGCUGGCAGAUGAGUAUUUUACAGAUAGCAAGGCGGAGAUGAAGCUCAAUUUUAACAGUUACAAAAUGGUUCUGGUGAUGAAUAAGGAUGAUGUAUUCUACAAAAGGAAUGCGUUACGUAGAGCCAAAUUGACUCAUAAAUUAGUGACUAAACGGAUGAAGACGCGCUUCCAGAAGUUUAUUGACAGCUGGCUGGACGAGAAUGUCGCUGAGGGCCAGAAGAGUGAAUGUUCAGACUGGUUGAUGGGUCUGAGUGAUGACCUGGCACCCAAUUCCACAGUCCUCAAGCAGGACAAUGACGUAAAGAAGGCCCCCUACUCCACUAUCAAUCGUUACACCGUCACUCGAACUACUGACAGUUAGUAAAAGGGGUGCGGGAGGAAGAAGCAGGACUAAGAGGAGGGAAGGGGGCUGCGAGAUGCAUAUUAGACAUUUCAUGGUGAAAUUCUAAAAAGAAACAAACGCAAAAACACACAAAAAUAUAGAAUGUAAAAAAAAAAGAAAUUUUCACUUAUUUCUUACAUUUAUUUCUCUUUUUAAUCUCCUUCCGUUUUGUGUAAAAAAAAAAAUAAGGAUCAAGAAGAUGCGAAACAUUCAAAUGUGUAAAAGAAUUAUAUAUGAAGCGUAAUUUGUUCUAAACUAUUUAAAAAAAAAGAAGAAAUAAAAAGAUUUUUAGCUUGAAGAAGAAUCGUGUAAAUUUUUCCCACAGAAGUCUCGUGUUUAAGACGUAGAAAAAGCAGAAAAAAAUAGUGUGAAAUAAUUAUUAAAAGAAAAAGAGUAAUAAAAGCUGGAUGAAUGAUUUUAUUUCGUAAAUACAAUAUUGCAAUUAUUACAAGUUUUAGUUGUUAAAAGAGAAAAAGAAACAGAAAAAAUGAUUAGAGAGAAUGUUUUAAAUUUUUUUCCCAUUAAUUUAUUGUAAAUAAGCGUCGAUGUAGGUAGUUUUACCGUUUUUUUUAUUAGGAUUUUAAUUCAACUAUUAUAAUUGUAAGUUUCUCAAAAUGAUCUAAUAGACAAAAUGAAAAGGAAAAAAAAAGAAAUGAAGAUUUGAGAUUGAUGAAUGGACAGAGAUUAUGAAGAAAAAAAGAAGAAAAGAAAAAACGUCUAUUUUAAAAUAGUACAAAGGAAGAUUUUCUGCGGAUUUUUAAAUGUGAAUCCAAUAUUUAUAAAGCUCGUUUCAGCAGAUGAUAGAGUUUUAUUAAGAGAUGAUUAAGAAUUUUUUUUUCUUUGAAGGAGAUAAUGCUGUAAAAUCCAGUGUAAAUAACUUUGAAGAUAACUAUCGUAUAAAUAGAUUAAUAUAAAGAAAAGUGAAGUUUUAGUAUUAAAAGAAAUAAAAAAAAAAACAAGGAAACAUGCGAUAGGAGAAUGACACUUUUUAUGAGAAAGACUUUCGAUGAGAAAUAAAAUAUUUCAUGAUAAAAAAA